CUGGUCCUGGGUGUGGAGAAGAAAGGCCAUCAAGGUAGAUGCGGGUGGGGAACAGCUUGAGAGAGGAGGCAAGGACAACCCAGUUGCUGUCUGAAGGGGCCUCUAGUUGACCCUGGAGCUUCUGUCCCCAAACACAGGCCUCACAGGAUUCUUUCUGUCCUCUUGCACUGGGCAGAGGUUCCCUAACUUACUCUGUUGCACAUUGCCCUUCUCUCACACCCCGUGUGGUCAGAAAGCCCUUCCUCAACUCUGACUUCAGUUCUUGCUGCGGUUUCUGCCGAUUUUUUUUCAUAUCCUCUGCCUGACAGCUGCGAGGUCAACUCUGCUCUGGCUUUUCUCCAAGCAGAGCAAGUGGGGGCUCUGGAAAGGUUAAGGGACCUCAGUGGCCACCAUUACACUUUGCAUCUUUCCUGAGAAGUGAGAGUUGAAAGGGAAGCAGGAAGGCCCAUGGUCAGAUUGAAGGAAGGACUUUUUAGUUUUUUUUUUUUUUUUGAGACGGAGUCUCGCCCUGUCAUUCAGGCUGGAGUGCAGUGGUGCGAUCUCAGCUCACUGCAGCCUCCACAUCCUGGGUUCACAUGAUUCUCCUGCCUCAGCCUCCCAAGUAGCUGAGACUACAGGCACAUGCCACUACACCUAGCUAACUUUUGUAUUUUUAGUAGAGACGGGGUUUCACCACGUUGGCCAGGCUGGUCUCAAACUGCUGACAUCAAGCGAUCCGCUCCCCUCAGCCUCCCAAAGUGCUGGGAUUACCGGUGUGAACCACCACAACUGCCAGGAAUUUUUAGUUUUUAGCUUUUGCAGGAGACUUCAAGGAAAGGAGACGUUCCUCUGUCCAGGAAACAGGGAAGGGGACCAUUUCUGCAUUGCUGGUUUCCCCUCUCGGCAGGGUGGGCAUGAGGCAUCACUGUUCCUGCUCCCUCACUCCUGCUCCUCAUGCUCAGCCUGCCUAGCUCGGCCUCAACUUUGUGUGUCUAAAGUGGAACUGAAUAGUAGGCUGUGGGAAGAUAGGAAAGAGGUGGUGCCAAUCUCCUUGCCCAGAUCAUAAAUCCAGACUCAGCAGGGUAACCACAUAGGCAAGCACAAGGCAGGUGCCUGGGGAAAGGGGAAGUAAUUGGCAUUCUGUGUGAUACCAAGGAGACCAUUUGGAUUUUGGCUUCUACCAGAGAGAAUGGAGAAUUGGUUGACCUAAAUGGAACCAAUCCCUUUAAGUAAGGGGAGGAAAGGGGGUGCUGGAAGAUGGCCCUCUUCCCACGGCUAGAUCAUAGCUUGAACUGAAGCCAAGGACAGACUGCUGCCCCCUUCGGCAUUUACUGGCGUGCCCUCUUUAAAUCAUGAUGUUAUCUAACCCAAACCCAGACCCAGGACCUAGUCACAGCUCCAACCUACACUUCUAUUAAUCUUAAAAACAAAAACAAAGAUAUCAGCAUUGUAGCCUCUCAAUCUGAGCCCAUUUCCCUUCUCUGGCUACCACACCUCCUUCUCCUAUAUGAUACCAUUCACUACUUUGUUCAAUUCUCCAGUCUAGACCUGCAUCUUGAGGCCACACCCAGCCUACUCACUCCCCACACCCCUCUUUCCUCUCUCACUGCUCCUUCCUGGUCUCAUCUGGCCCCACCUCUGAGGAGUCCUCCUGCCUUCUGGGUUGCCCUGGAACACAGACUAUCCCCCCUCCUACUGAAGGGAGUGGGUAGGGGUUUCAGCCCCACCCUCAGGAAGAUGCGUCUUCCCUGUCCUCUGCUCCGUGGUACUUCCUCUCUGGCUGAUUUAGCAAACAGCACCUAGACCUGGGGCCAGGCCCUUGGCAGUGGGACAGAUCCAGGGAUAGGCUACACCACCCUGCCCUAAGCCUGGGAUUGGCAUCAGCUUCCAACCAGUUCCUGCCAAAGCUUGUAAGUCCUCCCGACGGCCAUGAACACUACAUCUUCUGCAGCACCCCCCUCACUAGGUGUAGAGUUCAUCUCUCUGCUUUCUAUCAUCCUGCUGUCAGUGGCUCUGGCUGUGGGGCUUCCCGGCAACAGCUUUGUGGUGUGGAGUAUCCUGAAAAGGAUGCAGAAGCGCUCCGUCACUGCCCUGAUGGUGCUGAACCUGGCCCUGGCCGACCUGGCCGUAUUGCUCACUGCUCCCUUUUUCCUUCACUUCCUGGCCCAAGAAACCUGGAGUUUUGGACUGGCUGGUUGCCGCCUGUGCCACUAUGUCUGCGGAGUCAGCAUGUACGCCAGCGUCCUGCUUAUCACCGCCAUGAGUCUAGACCGCUCACUGGCAGUGGCCCGCCCCUUUUUGUCCCAGAAGCUACGCACCAAGGCGAUGGCCCGGCGGGUGCUCGCAGGCAUCUGGGUGUUGUCCUUUCUGCUGGCCACACCCGUCCUCGUGUACCGCACAGUAGUGGCCUCGAGAAAGAACACGAGCGUGUGCUUCCCACAGUAUCCCAGCGAAAGGCACCGGGCCUUCCAUCUAAUCUUCGAGGCCGUCACGGGCUUCCUGCUGCCCUUCCUGGCUGUGGUGGCCAGCUACUCGGACAUAGGGCGCCGGCUGCAGGCCCGGCGCUUCCGCCGCAGCCGCCGCACCGGCCGCCUGGUGGUGCUCAUCAUCCUGACCUUCGCCGCCUUCUGGCUGCCCUACCACGUGGUGAACCUGGCCGAGGGGGGCCGCGCGCUGGCCGGCCAGGCCUCCGGGUUCGGGUUCGUGGGGAGGCGGCUGGGACAGGUCCGCCACGUGCUCAUCGCGCUCGCCUUCCUGAGCAGCAGCGUGAACCCCGUGCUGUACGCGUGCGCCGGCGGCGGCCUGCUGCGCUCGGCGGGCGUGGGCUUCGUCGCCAAGCUGCUGGAGGGCACGGGCUCCGAGGCGUCCAGCACGCGCCGCGGGGGCAGCCUGGGUCAGACCGCUAGGAGCGGCCCCGCCGCUCUGGAGCCCGGCCCUUCCGAGAGCCUCACUGCCUCCAGCCCUCUCGAGUUAAACGAACUGAACUAGGCCUGGUGGAAGGAGGCGCACUUUCCUCCUGGCAGAAUGCUAGCCCUGAGCCAGUUGCGUACCUGCAGGAGGAGCAGGGGCGUGGAGGGCGUGGGAGCGUGGGAGGCGGGAGUGGAGUGGAAGAAGAGGGAGAGGUGGAGCAAAGUGAGGGCCGAGUGAGAGCGUGCUCCAGCCUGGCUCCCACAGGCAGCUUUAACCAUUAAAACUGAAGUCUGAAAUUUGGUCAACCUUGUGAGUGGGGUACGUGUGCUGUGGGUAUCGGGGUGCUCGUGGGCGCCCUGGUGGGGCCCCUCUCAGUAGUUGAGAGUCGCGUCCUUGAGUUCCCCAUGAUUUACAAUUUUGGAAGGGACACAAAGAGACAUAGCCUGCCCCCAUCCCAGAUGAUUCCGAGUACAUAGUCUGCAGAUAAUACUUAGCAAAACGCAGUCUACAGACUCCUAAAGCAGCUUGUUUAGGAAGACCACCCAUGUGGGCUUAUCACUCCAGGUUCUGUGACUCAGGGGACCUUCUGAGAAAACAGCACUGCUGUGAAACAUCUUCCCUGAAGCCUGUGAUAAGUCUCCUUGUUAGCAUGACUCCAACUUCCUGCCAAUAAUCUUUGUCCUCUCCAUAGGAGAUGUUCUAGGGGAUGCCUUCCUUUCCUCCAUUUCACCAAGAGGUCAGACUUGAGGAGUAAGUCAUUAGAUCUUAUCCCUUAGAAUUCUGCGUAUCAGCAUCUGCUAACCUCCACAACACACCCUGGCACAGGGUGGGGCUGAGGGCCCCAGGAAACAAAGAUUCCCAAAAGUGAGAGGGAUGAGUCAUUAUUUCCUAGAGAUGACUGUUGUUUUAGAGAACCUUGCUCCAACUCUGUUCUGACAAGGUUUUAGGAAGAUGGCAACAACAGUGGCAGCAGUGUACUUUUUGGAUCUUUCUCAUAAAAAAACAAAAGAGCAAGUUAGAGAGGGAAACCAAAUAUCCACAUGCAACAUCUGCAACAAACCUAGUAUGUCAAGGUUUGACAUACUCCCAUGGACCCCAAAGUAUGAGCCAGUGAGAAUGAGUCAUCAAUACCUCAAGACCCAUAUAGCAGCAUCUGUGCAGAAGGAUGAAGAAGGAAGCAAAGGGAUGUUGGAUAGACCCAAGAAGAGGAGAUCCCCAAGCUAUCUACAGAUCCUUACUGGAAAGUAUGGUGUACCAAUUUGAGAACAGCAGCUGAAACUGGGAGGGACCUAACAGUAUUGCCCAGGCCUCUCGCCCAUUCUGUAUGGUGAGCACAUAAUAGGUACUUAUUUAGUAUUUGUUGAAUGAAUAAAGUUCAAAUGACAUUUCCCUGGA